UACACUUUUCAACACUGAACGCUUUUCACCACGUGCGUUUGCAUGGUGUUCAUCGAGGUCUGUGACUUUUAAUAUAAUUACGAGACACUGCUGACCUGAAAAAUGUCCGUACCCGAGAAAGUGUUGAUGAGAAAAAUUAGGAAACGGGAGAAAGCAAAAUUGACCGUGCUGAAACACCGGGAGGAGCAGAGAGGUAAGAGCGAAAAGGGGAAGCUAAAAGCGUCCGAAGAAAAUGACGAGGCACAGGUAACACCUUUGGCCACUGAGAAAUCCGCGGAGAAACUUUCGGUCAGUAAGAAAUCCUCAAAGAAGCCUUCGGUCACUAAGGAAUUCUCGGAGGAGCCUUCGGUCACUGAGGAAUCCUCGGAGAAGCCUUUGGUCACUGAGAAUUUACCCGGCACAGCUGUUGGUUUUGAAGUGACAAACGAUACAAGCUUCUCGGUAUUAAGCGAGACAGUAUGCGAGAACACGCUGAAGGCGAUAACGGAUAUGGGCUUUACUAAUAUGACGGAGAUACAAGCGAAAGCUAUUCCUCCUCUUUUGGAAGGCAGAGAUUUAGUUGGCGCUGCCAAAACCGGAUCCGGCAAGACUCUGGCAUUCCUAAUUCCUGCCGUUGAACUGAUUUACAAGUUGAAGUUUAUGCCGCGUAACGGUACCGGGUGCAUCAUUAUGUCCCCCACGAGAGAACUAGCUAUGCAAACUUUUGGAGUCUUGAAGGAAUUGAUGAAGUACCAUUAUCAUACGUACGGUCUGCUGAUGGGCGGCGCCAGCAGGCAGACCGAAGCGCAGAAGCUCGAGAAGGGAAUCAAUAUUAUCGUGGCGACACCGGGGCGACUAUUAGAUCACUUGCAGAACACGCCUGAUUUCUUAUACAAGAAUCUCCAGUGUCUGAUUAUUGACGAGGCCGACCGUAUUCUGGACAUCGGCUACGAAGAGGAAUUGAAGCAAAUCAUUAACAUUCUUCCUAAGCGCCGGCAGACCAUGCUUUUCAGCGCGACGCAGACGCAGAAGGUGGCGAUGAUAACGACGUUAGCCCUAAAAAAGGAGCCUAUAUACGUGGGGGUCGACGACGACAAGGAAAUGGCGACCGUGGAGGGCUUGCAACAAGGCUACGUAACGUGCCCGAGCGAGAAAAGAUUUCUACUUUUAUUCACCUUCCUAAAGAAGAACAAGCAGAAGAAGAUAAUGGUUUUCUUCAGCUCCUGCAUGUCCGUUAAAUAUCAUCACGAGCUCUUGAACUAUAUCGAUUUACCGGUGAUGAGUAUUCAUGGUAAACAGAAACAAACGAAAAGAACCACGACCUUUUAUCAAUUUUGCAACGCCUCCUCCGGGACUUUACUUUGCACUGACGUGGCCGCAAGAGGUCUAGACAUACCGGACGUUGAUUGGAUCGUGCAAUUUGAUCCGCCGGACGAUCCCAAGGAAUAUAUCCAUCGCGUGGGUCGAACAGCUCGCGGAGAAGGCAGCAGCGGUCAUGCUUUGUUAAUACUGCGACCGGAGGAACUUGGCUUUCUUCGUUAUCUCAAAGUAGCUCGCGUACCAGUGAACGAAUAUGAAUUUUCUUGGAAUAAAAUCGCUGAUAUACAAUUACAGCUCGAGAAAUUGAUCUCGAAAAAUUACUUCUUACAUCAGUCGGCGAAAGAGGCGUAUAAGAAUUACGUUAGAGCGUAUGACUCUCAUCACUUGAAACACGUUUUCGAUGUAGAGACUCUGGACCUGGCGAAAGUUGCCAAAUCGUUCGGAUUUAUCGUACCACCGGCGGUAGAUUUGAAAGUGGGAAUCAGCAAGGCUUCACGACCACGAAAGAGGCUCGGUGGAGGCGGUUACGGGCACUUUAAAAACAUGAACGAUCCAAAUUCGGCAAGGCAGGUGAAGCGUGCUAGAACCUUUCGCCUAGUCGGCAAACAUAAGCAAGACAACCGGCAAUUUAGCAGAUAAUUGUCGUCCAUGCACUUUUUACACACGUGGAUAACAGACAGCGAUAUCUAGAUAAUGAUAGCUAACAUUGUACAGAUAUGCAUUUACGCAAGUUCAAAAAUACACUACUAUUUAUAUUACUCGAUAUUAUUCUUGACAUUCAUGUAUCUGAUUUCUAUCUGAUUUUUAUUUAAAGUAAUUUCAAUAUUUUUUUAAACGUUUGAAGUUUUGAUUUGCAUCAUCUCUUCAGAGAGAUACACUCGAUAAUUCGUCACUUAUGAGAAUUAAAAUUUUGCGUUUGCAAAUAAA